UACUUCCGUUUCAUUUGGAACCGACAGCCUUAUGUUUUUACGUAUGUAUUCAAAAUGAUGAAACGGUUUAUACCCAUGCUGUGAAAUCUUACGACACAGAUUUGGAUUUGAUACCAGUAAAUGUGAAUUAUGGCUUGAUAUUUACGAACUUUUUUUUAAGUCUAACUUCACGGUUUUCUCGAAAGGACAUUGUUUAUGGACUCGUGAGCAAUAACAAAGAUGUAUUUCUCGUUAAUAAUAUCCUUAUUUUACACACACAUCUAAGUUAAAGUAAAAUUUAUGUUUUGUGUUUUUUUUUUGUUUGUUUUUUAAAGUACUCGAAGAUCCGAGACAUUUUCACAAAUUCACAAAAAAGUAUUUCAAAGGAGGGCUUACAUUUUUUUCACUUGCAUGUAUGAAUAUGAUAUUACCCAACAACAAAACAAACUUGACAACAUCAAAAGAAAAAAAAAGGAGAUAAUUUAAAUCACACUUAAAAACAGAAUAUCUUGCAAAUCGAAUGGAGGAAUUGCCUCCAUUUUUACUGAUAACCAGCUAUCAAACCAUCAAACCAGAAUUUAGAAGUAAUCUUAAUUCUAACUAGAUGAGUAAAGUUUGAGAACAAACUUUAAGUUGGCUUGAGAAAGCCUAGCCUGAAAGUUUGAAGCAGUUGUAAAAGUAUGAAAGCAGGUAGCAUGAUUUAACACAUUGCUUACAUGAUUUAACAUGUUGUUAACAUGUUUUAGCAUGAUUAACAUAUUACUAACAUGUUGUUAGCAUGAUUAGCAUAUUACUAGCACAAUACUAGCAUUUUUCUAUCAUAAUUAACAUGUUACUAGCAUGUUAACAUGAUUAGCAUGUUGUUAACAUGUUUCUAAAAUGAUUAGCAUGUUACUAGCAUGUUGACAACACGAUUCGCAUGUUACUAGCAUUUUGUUAGCAUGAUUAGCAUGUUACUAGCAUGAUUAACAAGUUACUAGCAUGUUGCUAACAUGAUUAGCAUGUUGUUAGCAUGAUUAGCAUGUUGUUAGCAUGUUUCUAACAUGAUUAUCAUGUUACUAGCAUGUUUCUAACAUGAAUAGCAUGUUACUAACAUGUUUCUAACACGAUUAGCAUGCUGCUAACAUGAUUAGCAUGCUGCUAACAUGAUUAGCAUGUUACUAACAUGUUUCUAACACGAUUAGCAUGCUGCUAACAUGAUUAGCAAGUUACUAGCGUGUUGCUAGCAUGUUUCUAGUAUGAUUAGCAUGUAACUAGCACGUUGCUAGCAUGAUUACCAAGUUAUUAGCAUGUUGUUAGCAUGAUUAACAUGUUAAUAGCACAAUACUAGCAUUUUUCUAUCAUAAUUAACAUGUUACUAGCAUGUUGUUAACAUGAUUAGCAUGUUGUUUGCAUGUUUAUAUCAUGAUUAGCAUGUUACUAGCAUGUUGCUAACACAAUUAGCAUGUUACUAGCAUUUUGUUACCAUGUUUUCUAACAUGAUUCGCAUGUUGCUACCAUGAAUAGCAUGUUAGUAACAUGUUUCUAACACGAUUAGCAUGUUGCUAACACGAUUAGCAUGUUACUAGCAUGUUGACAACACGAUUCGCAUGUUACUAGCAUUUUGUUAGCAUGAUUAGCAUGUUACUAGCAUGAUUAACAAGUUACUAGCAUGUUGCUAACAUGAUUAGCAUGUUGUUAGCAUGAUUAGCAUGUUGUUAACAUGUUUCUAACAUGAUUAUCAUGUUACUAGCAUGUUUCUAACAUGAAUAGCAUGUUACUAACAUGUUUCUAACACGAUUAGCAUGUUAUUAACACAAUUAGCAUGUUACUAACAUGUUUCUAACACGAUUAGCAUGCUGCUAACAUGAUUAGCAUGUUACUAACAUGUUUCUAACACGAUUAGCAUGCUGCUAACAUGAUUAGCAAGUUACUAGCGUGUUGCUAGCAUGUUUCUAGUAUGAUUAGCAUGUAACUAGCACGUUGCUAGCAUGAUUACCAAGUUAUUAGCAUGUUGUUAGCAUGAUUAACAUGUUAAUAGCACAAUACUAGCAUUUUUCUAUCAUAAUUAACAUGUUACUAGCAUGUUGUUAACAUGAUUAACAUGUUGUUUGCAUGUUUAUAUCAUGAUUAGCAUGUUACUAGCAUGUUGCUAACACAAUUAGCAUGUUACUAGCAUUUUGUUAGCAUGUUUUCUAACAUGAUUCGCAUGUUGCUACCAUGAAUAGCAUGUUAGUAACAUGUUUCUAACACGAUUAGCAUGUUGCUAACACGAUUAGCAUGUUACUAGCAUGUUGCUAGCAUGAUUUAGAUAGCUAGAUAGAUUAGAAAUAUUAGAGUGGAAGCUUAAAUGAAUCUAAAUGGAUUAGAAAUAGUACAUAGAAGGGAAGCUUGAUUGAGCCUCAAGGGAUUCUGGGAGUUUAGAUUUGAAUUUUGUCAGUUGGAGUUUGAAGAGCGUUGGCUCAUUUGAACAUUCCGUCAAUGUAAGUCUAUGGGAUUUUUGGUGGUUUUCAUAGUCAGGUUUACGAAAACCGUAAACCGGAUCAGUCUGAAAAGAUACAGCACACCGAGUCAGACCAGUCUGAAGGUCUGGGCCGAGUUUGGCGGUUCUAGCUUGAAAGCUCUAGGAGGAGAUAGAUACCGAAAUUUGACUCAGAAGAAGAAGAAUAACAAUAUUCUUAAAUAGUAGAUCAGUAAGUUGGCUUUCUCAAGCUAACUUAAUAAUAAGUGAUCAAGUGUUUCAGGAAAAGAAAAAGAAAAACCACGCAGGGCCACCUAAAUGCAAUAAAACUUUCAGCCAUAAUAGACAAAUCUAAUUUACAAGAAAUGCCCUAGCCCUCUACUCAGUUUAUUUAAUUUAUUGUUUCCUUUUAUUUUAUGCACCUGACUGAGCUGUUCUAAUGCACAUAUAAUACAAUAUAAUACAAAAAAGACUCUUGCGUAUUUCAGAAGGAUUUUCAUAGUAAAAGUCCUUCGAAAACUAAAUAUAUUUCCACUAAAAACAAUGUAGCAUUACAGCAUAAUAUGCCUUAAAAUAAAUUUCGAAAUCUAAAAAGCUGUGUAUUAUAAUUAUAAUAUUUAUUUUUAAUAAAUAAAUAAAUAAUUAUUGUCAUUGUUUUAUUUUUUUACGUUUCACUGUCAUCACAUUUUCCAAUCGCGUUCGAUUUUCUUAUUGCUUUCCCUAUUUUAUUUAUGUACUCAUUUUUAUUUAUUUAUUUUAUUUAAUUGUUGUAUUUGUUUUGAUGUAUUUUAGCCUAUAUUUUAUUGCCCUUGCAUGUUCUUUGUUCAAAAAAAAAAAAAAAAACUUACCGGCUUCCGUACAGUUGAACUGUCAACCUGUUCAGUAUGGCGUCCCCUGUAAGGGCAGCUGCACGGGUUUGCUCUUUUUAUCUAUUUACUUCCUCAAGACACAAUGUCAGCAGUGCAUUUAGAUGGUCCUGUCGUCUUUGCUCCUCCCGACCGGUCAGGAGCAGUCUGUAUGAACAUGUACUGGAAGGUUACAGUCACAAACCUAAACUUGACAUGCAGCGUGUGUGCGAGGAGACGGACACGGUGAAGGCAGAGGUGGAAAAUCGGAAAGGAGAUCUGCGGGCAGCCGAUGUUGAAUUUAUUAUCUCAGUCUGGAAGAAACUACAGAAGGUGCAAAAAGAAAUAUCAGAUUUGGAGACGAGAAAGAAUGUAAUCAGUGCCAAAGUCCGCGCUCUUGUGGAUGAACAUGAAAAAUCUACUUUGGCUAGUCUUGAGGAGUACACGAGUGCUAGAGAAGAGGGUAGAGCAAUCAGAGAGAAACUUAGUCAGUUGUAUGUGCACGAGGGUGAGCUGGAGAAGGAACAUUACUGCCGUGCCCUAAGAUUGCCCAACAGAACACAUCCAAGUGUGCCCAUCGGAGAUGAGAGCCAGGCAAGAGUGGUUGAAUUGGUUGGUGAGAAACAAGAAUUUAAUUUUAAACCAAAAGGCCACCUGCAAAUUGGAGAGAGUCUUGACAUCAUAAGACAAAGACGGCUUGCCCAUGUGUCAGGGCACAGAUCGUACUAUUUGCGAGGUGCAGGGGCCAGACUUCAGUUUGCCUUGCAAAAUUAUACUAUGGAUCUUCUUCAGAAACGGGGAUUCAUACCCCUAGUUGUUCCUGACAUGUUAAAAUCAGUGGUUUUUGAGGGUUGCGGGAUGCAGCCUAAUGCUCAUAAAUCACAGGUGUAUUCUCUGGACCCUUCACGCUUUCCUGACCUUAAUCUUGCUGGUACUGGGGAAGUAGGAGUGGCAGGCUAUUUCAUGGAUCAUGCUGUAAAUUUGAAGGAUUUGCCUGUCAGGACAGUCUGUAGUAGCACGUGCUAUCGAGCAGAAACAGAUACUGGCAGAGAGACCUGGGGUCUCUACAGAGUUCACCAUUUUAACAAGGUUGAAAUGUUCGGUGUGACUUCGAAUGAGACAGGGGAGGAGAGUUCCCAAUUGUUGGAUGAAUUUGUCAUGUUACAGAAGGAGAUUUUCUCUUCCCUGAAACUUCAUUACAGAGUCUUGGAUAUGCCCACUCAAGAAUUAGGGCCCCCUGCCUUCCGAAAAUAUGAUAUUGAGGCAUGGAUGCCAGGACGUGGCAGCUAUGGAGAGAUUUCCAGUGCCUCAAACUGCACUGAUUACCAGAGCCGCCGGCUUAACAUUCUUUAUGAGGGAAAUGAUGGAAACCUUAAGUAUGCGCAUACGGUUAAUGCUACAGCUUGUGCUGUUCCACGUACUGUCAUUGCAAUUUUGGAGACACACCAAACCAAGGAAGGGACGGUUCUGGUUCCUGAAGUUUUGCAGCACUACCUCGGCCUGAAAGUGAUCGAAAAACCUGAAUACACUCCUAUUAAAUAUAUAGGACCAAACCAACCCAAGCGUCAUUCCUCAAAAUAACUCCUCAAUAGUAUAUCCGACUUCAGUGAAGUACAGUUUUUGCUCUACACUCAACAGUGAAUGCUAUAUAUAGGUCUUUGUCAUAAGUAUCUCCUAUAUAAGUAACCUCUUGCUUGAGAGGAAUGUAUUUCCAACCCACAUUUUAUGUGUCUUAGCCAAAUUUCCAAUAAAAUGCCAUUGGUGACA